CUCUCGGCGUAGUCACUCCACUCGACAUUUCUUAACCAAGAUCGCUGGUCCGAGGACUUGCAAGGAUCGCUCCACGAGUGAUUUCCUUAGUCGCGUUGCAAUGCACCAUGGAUAGCCCCUUCCAGAAUCAAAAUCAUAUAAAACGGAGCCCUUAUUGAACUACAGGAUCCACCAAACCGACAAUCCAUCCCCUCCCUCAACUGGUCUUUUGCCAGUUCUGUCCCUACCUUACGACGCCAUCCUUGGCCUUAGUUGAGGCCCAACAAACCCAUGAAACCUCCGACUCUGAAAUCGCUCCGAGCUCUGCUCGCUUUGGUCUUGCUCAUCUCUCAAGCCCUCUCUGUCAAACUCCACCGAGAAACCUUCAACAGCGUUGGUUCAUUGCCCGAAGUCGUGGUCGGAGUGGCCGCGAAAACGGCGCUCCAACUUGGCAACCAGCUUUUUCAGUUGACAGGCGCGCCUUACUUCACCGGCUUCUUCGAUGAGAGGGUCUACUUCCGUGUCGGUUCAGUGGGAUAUGUCGUAUCGAUGCAUCUUAACCCAAUCAUGGACAACAUGACCUCUAGGUCCUACAUAGGCGGCCAACUCACUGCGGCCGACGUUGCCCAAUCCGCGCUCGAACUGGUGAAAUGGAUGGAAGAUCUAAGAAAGGGGAAGACAAUGUAUCCUUAUGGGGCUAUAGGAUACGAAUCAGACAACAGUUGUGCCCUGGGAGGCCUCUUCUAUGACAUCUAUCAGGACAACCGAUCCCUUCCCCCUCUGUGGUCCAACAAUGUUCACCGCGCGAACAGGAACAAGACCGGUGUCCUCUCCGGCGGUUUCCCUCCCCUAGUCCUCACUAACUUGGCCAGGGACGAUCUCCUCCCCAGAGCACCAAAGACCAAUGGUCAACAGCUCUGCUCGCGUGCCGAUAACGUCUGGGCGGCCUGUAAAGGCUCAGACACCAUUGUCUCUGGGACUAUACUCGGUCCUGGUCAGAGCCUCUACUCCGAACUGGGCGCACGUCUCUAUGUGGAGAAGGGCGGCAACCUGUGUCUCUACUAUUAUAAGCCAGAUCCUGUCAACUACUGGUGCUAGAACCAUGGUCUGGACUGGUCAGGCAAGAACUUUGGUGUCUUUCUCAACGCUAGCGGACAAGUCUGUCUCAUCCGCCUCGAUAACAGCAACGAGAACGCCUAUUGCACCCAACCCAGUGGUGGAAUGGACAGGUACAGGAUGACCCUGCAGAACGACGGCAACUUGGUCGUCUAUCAGGGCAUCAACGGGGAUGCUCUCUGGUCCAGCCGCUCGGACAUCUUUCGAGCUGGUGGACCUAAAGCAUGCACACACCGAGUUCUUGCAUAGAAACAAUAUCCCCCAUCAUAAACAGUAGUCGGAGGGAUAUCCGAGGAUGCUUAAGAUAAACUCAGUGCUCCGUUUCCUCUGACGAGUACUUGCUGCGAUAGAAUAACCAUUCGAGAUAGAAGUACAGUAGCUACCUAAAGAUAGCUAACGAAAGGCCCC